GCCUCCCUGGUCGGGUUCGACCGGACGAUGGGGCCGCGGGGCCUCCCCCGACUCCUGCUGGUGCUCCUGGACUGCUGGGCCUCCGUGAACGCCCAAGCCGGGACCACCCUGGUGGUGACAACGGAGGGCCUCAACUCUACGGAACCAGCCCCGACGACUCCCCGACCUGCCUUGUCUGCUAGGCCCCCGGGUACCCCCAGUGUCCCCGGACCCUCCGCCGGUCCCAGGCCCACCCCGGUCACGGACGUUGCUGCUUUGUGUGUCUGUGACCUGUCCCCAGCACAGUGUGACGUCAACUGCUGUUGUGAUCCUGAUUGCAGCUCCGUGGAUUUUAGUGUCUUUUCUGAUUGCUCAGUUCCAGUUGUCAUGGGUGAUAGUCAGUUUUGUAGCCAAAAAGCAGCCAUCUAUUCGUUGAAUUUAACAGCAAACCCGCCCCAGAGGAUAUUUAAAGUUGUAGACCAGAUCAAUCCAUCUAUUUUCUGCAUUCAUAUUACAAACUAUAAACCUGCAUUAUCCUUUAUUGAUCCAGAAGUGCCUGAUGAAAACAAUUUUGAUAAAUUGAUGAAAACAUUCCAUGGUUUUUCAUUGAAUGCAGAAUCAGAUGUUUCUUUAACAGACAAACCAGAUGUUCCAAAUACUACUAAAUAUGAGUAUGGGGUUCUUCUGCAGACUUCAGAUUCAUUUUUGAGAUUUCCUUCCCCCCUUGCGUCAUCUCUGUGCACUGAUAAUAACCCUGCAGCAUUUCUGAUGAAUCAAGCUGUUAAGUGCACCAGAAGGAUAAACUUGGAGCAGUGCGAAGAAAUGGAAGCUCUGCGCAUGGCUCAUUACAGCAGCCCUAACAUUUUGAGGGUACCUAAUUCAAAAACAAAGGUCCCUAUCACUGUCCAGUCCACCGUCAUUCAGUCUCUAAAUAAAACGCUCACCCGGCUGGCAGACACGCACGUAUUGGAGCCGGUUCUUGUCGAAGAGGCUGGGGCUGUUAAAGUCUGCACCAGGGUCGUUCUAGAGGUAAAGUACAGUCUCACAUACACGGAAGCAGGUGAAGUAACAAAAGCCGAUCUCUCUCUCCUUCUGGGGACAGUGAGCGACGCAGAGCUUCCGCUCCAGCAAAAGUUUGAAAUUCAUUUUGUUCAGCAAAAUACAAAGCCAGUUCCUCUCAGUGGAAACCCUGGUUAUGUUGUGGGCCUCCCGCUGGCUGCUGGAUUUCAGCCUCACAAAGGGUCUGGGAUUAUUCAGACCAUGAAUAGAUAUGGACAAUUUACUAUUCUUCGUAGCACAGCUGAGCAAGACUGCUUGGCAGUAGAGGGGAUUCGGACCCCAGUAUUAUUUGGUUACAAUAUGCAAUCUGGCUGUAAACUAAGACUGACCAGCACUAUCACGUGUCCACUUGUCGUGGAGAAGGUGAAGAGCCUGCUGAAGGGUCAGGGCUUCCCAGAUUAUGUGGCCUCUUUUGGAAAUUCUCAGGCCCAGGAUGUGCUGGACUGGGUGCCUGUCCACUUCAUCACCCAGGCACCCCACACGAAGGAUGUCUGCCAGCUCCCGCUGGCUUUGGUUAUAGAAGUGAAGUGGACUAAGUACGGAUCCUUACUGAACCCACAGGCUAAAAUAGUCAACGUAACUGCAAAUCUAAUUUCAUCCUCAUAUCCUAAGACCAACUCAGGAAAAGAAAGGACGAUUCUUAUUUCCACUGCGGUUACUUUCGUGGAUGUGUCUGCUCCUGCAGUGGCAGGCUUCAGAGCUCGGCCAACCAUCAAUGCCAAGCUGCCCUUCAAUUUCUUCUUCCCAUUUGUUUGACAUCAUAUGUGGAAACCAAAUUGCACCUUUGGGAAGACGGUAGAGAGAACAGACUUUGAAGUAGCAAAGGCAUUGAGGGCUUAUCCAGUUCACUCACCUCCUGCUUUGAUGUGAGUUGUUGUUAAAAUAAUCAUUGUUUUUAGUUCAGGUUUUCUUUCAAGUCCCAUUGAAAUGAGUACAAAAAUAGCGAACUAUUGUAUAAGCUCAUGCAGAUAGAAUACAAGGCCUCAGGAGGGGAUCUUCCCCCAAAUGUCAUGUUAAUUAGAGUGGAGUCUUGGGUCCAAUCGACAUUUCUGUACCAGGCACUGUCGCUAGCUAGCUCUCCAACUGGUGGGCUGGUGUGGAAUGCCACAGAGCAGUUCCAAGCAGUUGAAGCUGGAAAGAAUAUAGUAGGAGGGUCCGGGGGAAGGAGAGAGCUUAUGUUAUACAUUAAUUGUACAGUAAUUGAGAAAAAUGUCAGGUGGCAGAACGAGGUGGAGCCAGCUAGCAGCUGGGUGAUGCAGCUGGGUGAUGCGGAGGAGGGGGUGGGAACCCGAGGACAGCCUCCUUGGGGAACUGCCCUACAACAAGCUGUUCAGAACAGCUUGGAAAUAGAAAAGGCCUUUCCAGAAGGGCUGGUCGCUAGGUAGCUUCCUUUUUUUUUCUUUUGU